AUGUCCGAUAUGAGCUCUCAGUUCCAGAGCAGCCCCGACGCUGAAGGAUAUUUUGGUCGGUUUGGCGGCAACCACUAUCCCGAAGAACUUCGGUCUGCACUUUUGGAAUUGGCAACCAGCUAUGAGGAGCUUCGUCAAUCACCGGAAUUCAAUGACACUCUGAACAAGGUGCGGGUGGGACUUCAAGGGCGGCCGACCCCAAUACAUUACCUCGAGCAUGUUUCAAACCAGGUCGGAGGCGCUCAAAUUUUCAUCAAAAGGGAAGAUUUGAACCACACAGGUGCACACAAGAUCAACCACUGUGUUGGAUUCGCACUACUCGCCAGACGAAUGGGUAAGAAGAAACUUAUUGCUGAGACGGGGGCCGGCCAGCAUGGCGUCGCACUGGCAACUGCAGCUGCCUAUUUUGGACUCGAAUGCGAAGUCCACAUGGGAGAAGUUGAUGUCGGCAAACAGAGCUCGAAUGUUGGUAAGAUGCAGCUACUCGGCGCGCGGGUGGUGUCAGUAGCGACCGGCCAGUCUGCCCUAAAAGACGCCAGUGAUUCAGCAUUCAACGCGUACGUCGAACAGCACGAACACGCGCUCUAUGCGAUUGGCUCGGCUAUCGGCCCACACCCAUUCCCAAUGAUUGUUCGAGACUUCCAGGGUGUGGUUGGCCGAGAAGCGCGCGAGCAAUUCAUUUCCAUGAAUGGGAACCUGCCCGAGCAUGUGGUUGCCUGCGUUGCCGGUGGUUCCAAUGCGAUGGGGAUAUACACGGGCUUUCUCCGUGAUCCGGCCGUUGUUCUACAUGCAGUGGAACCUCUUGGCACAUCUAAUGAGCGAGGCCAACAAGGCCAACACGCGGCAACGCUAUCAUAUGGAAGACCGGGUACAUUGCAUGGUGCUCGAUCGAUUGUGAUUCAGCAAGAUGACGGUACACCUGCCAGUGUCUCGUCUGUAGCAUCGGGGCUUGCAUACCCUGGCGUUGGCCCGGAGAUAGCGAUGCUUCAUGAGACCGGUCGGCUAUCAAUCGCAGGAGUUUCAGAUAAGGAAGCUGUCAAUGCAUUCUUCCAGAUGUCAAAAUCUGAAGGUAUCAUUCCUGCACUAGAAAGCGCACAUGCAUUGGCGUUUGCGAUCCGACUGGCGUCGCAGCGCCCUUCAUCAGAGCGAAUCCUAGUCAAUCUCUCGGGGCGCGGCGACAAGGAUGUAGAUUACGUACUUGAGAACUACAGUGGACAUGGGCAGUCAACAGUUCAUAAUGGCGGCAUGUGA